AUGAUAUCAGUGACCAGACCAAUGUUAGAUGAAGAAAGAAUUUGUCUGGCUGAUAAAGAAAUGGGGAGGCAUGAUACAAAGAUCGCUCAUGAACCAAAGGUUAUAUACCAGCAAUGUUCUAGCUCAUUUGAUGAUGUUGUGAGGCGUAGAAGAUCUAAAUCUCCUUCUCCCAAAAGAACAACAAUACCAGCAACAUCAACAACACUGAGGACAGCAUUUAAAUCAACUGUCACAAUUCCAGGAACAACAGCAGAAAUCACGAGCAAUAGUGCUAUAACAAAAACAGCAGCCAUUGUAACAAGGACAGCAACAACUCAAACAACAUCAACACCAAAUGAUGACACAACAACGUGGAAAACAGUCAGAAAUCUCACCACAGAAUCCCGAACAGCCAUGAUGAACAGAGUGGGACAACAAGACUCGACAUGCCUACAUGUUGUACUAAUUCCUACACUUUUGGGUCUAGGAAUCAUCGUUACUCUUGUUUUUUGUUUGGUGUACAAAGCUAGAGUAAGAAAUUAUAUGAGACACGUUUUAAAUAUGCAUUGGAAAAACAAAACAGGAAUUCCUAAUUUUGCUACCUUAAAUGAAGAAGAGGAGAAAAGUCAGAAUCCUUACGAUACUGCUGCAUAUUCUGUUGUUAAAAACCUUGUUUCACCACUUCCGGCGAACAUGCCUAGUCAACAGGAAACAGUUCCGCAGGAUGAAUGCUACAGUGCGCUAGAUAGACGAAAUGAAAGAUCUGAAACAAACACAAUUACAUGUAAUAACAAUAAUUAUGAUUCGUUGAAUCAAUCAAAUCAACCACCAAUGAUCAGUAACAACGUUUACAGCAGUAUGGAUCCAGCUUUCAGAGGUACAGAAGCAGUACUGUCAAAUACAUAUGGUGUUUAUCAAUAAUCUGGGAGCUGUUUUAAAGUUUGAUUCCAUAAAUUUGCAGUGGUCGUGUCAUCGAAGCUGAUAGGUCAAUAUACCAGUUUCAAAAUAAAACAAAUAAAAUGUUAAAACAGAAAGAGUGAAAAAAAAAACGAAAAACCACAUAAAUUGAAAAACAAACUCUUAUCCCCGGAUUUGUAUUUAAUAUAGCAUUUCAUAUUACGCAUAAACUGGAAAAAGUUUAAACUUAUAUGCGAUAAAAUCUCUUUGUAAGCUCAGAGCUGUGUGGAGAUUUUAGAAAGAGAAAGCAUGAGUAAACAAUUGAUGGGAAAUGUGGUCCUUUUUUAGUGUCCUUUGAUGACAGUUACUCUGUAUUUUCUUUGUGAUAUUUUUGCUAAAAAUAUACUACAAUAACAUCAUUAAAGACUACUAACCCCUGA